GCAGGGAGAGACAGUGAGGUGUGUUCACCAAGAAGGCAAUGUGUGUGUGAGAGGGAGGAGAGAAGAGAGAGAAACAGAAAGAGAGAGAGAGAGACUGAGAGGGAGCACGAGCGAGGGACAGAGGCUUUUCUUCAGUUAGUUGGCACUGAGCUGGGUACGGAGUAGCAGUAGUAGCGCGGUGCUGAAGCGCUGACACAGUAGGACCCGUUGUAGCGAAGCACAGAAGUGGAGUGAUAGAGAUCUUGUCACCGCAGCUGCAUCACCGUCUUUUUUUUUAUGUACAUCAUUGAACAACCACUCUGUCAAGCACAAGACACGAAGAAGAAUCUUCCACUAACAAGAAUCUUUUCGUAACAAAAAAAAAGCAGCGGAGAGGAUCUAGCUGCAGCAGCACUAAGCACUCUGUGGAAAGAAGGACCACGGGAAAGCCCCGUAACGGCGGCUCCCUCUUGUCAGCAUCAAUGGAUCCGAGAGCGCGAGGAGUAGCAUUGUUGCCGUUCUUACUGGUUCUUGUCAGUGUGACAGCCCUGCAGGUGCCUGUAGAGUCAACUGGACAAGUACAGUGCAAGACAGGAUUUUCUGAAAGCAUUUACAAUGCCAUUGUGCCAAGAAAGCUACAAGAAGGGCAACCUCUUCUAAAUGUGAAGUUUAUUGAUUGUGAACAAAGUGGCAAAAUACAGUACAACACCAGUAGUCCAAUAGACUUCAGAAUAGAAGAUGAUGGAGUGGUGUAUGCAGCAAAAGACCUCCACAUUUCUGGAAAACAAGCCAAGUUUGUUGUCUUUGUCGAAGACACUGAUACUCAGCAAAAGUGGCAGGCAACAGUGAAGCUGGUGUGGAGAUCUAGAAAGCCUCAAAAGAACAGUUUAAAGGAUGGAAUAACUUCCAGUGCACCUCAGUUACCUGAGAAGAUUGAAGAAAUCUUUUUUCCUUCUCAUCAUUUUGAAAGCAAUGGUUACCUGAAACGUCAGAAGAGAGAUUGGGUUAUUCCUCCAAUCAAUGUACCCGAAAACUCCAGAGGCCCUUUUCCACAGGAGUUGGUUGUGAUAAGGUCUGACCGCGAUAAGAACCGCUCCUUAAGAUACAGUGUGACAGGGCCAGGAGCUGACCAGCCACCUACUGCAAAGUUUAGUAUUAGUCCAGUGUCCGGCCAACUGUUUGUGAAUGCACCUUUGGAUCGGGAGGAGCGACCCAACUAUAAUCUGAGGGCACAUGCUGUGGAUCUAAAUGGAAACCAGGUGGAAAAUCCUAUUGAUAUCAUCAUUAAUGUCAUUGAUAUGAAUGACAACAGGCCUGAAUUUUUAAACCAGAUUUGGAAUGGUACUGUCCCUGAAGGAUCAAAACCAGGAACCUCUGUGAUGAGCAUUACUGCAGUGGAUGCCGAUGAUCCCAAAACAUCAAAUGGCAUGCUAAGAUAUAAAAUCAUAUCCCAGUCUCCAUCAAGUCCCUCUGCAAACAUGUUCACCAUUAACAAUCAAACUGGUGAGAUCAUCACUGUAGCAGCUGGCCUGGAUAGAGAGAAAGUAGAACAGUACACAUUAAUAAUUCAAGCUACUGACAUGGAAGGAAACCCAACGUAUGGUCUCUCCAACACAGCAACUGCUGUCAUCACUGUGACAGAUGUCAAUGACAAUGCUCCUGAGUUCCCUGUUAAGACAUUCUAUGGAGAGGUGCCUGAAAACAGAGUGGAUGUUGUGGUUGCCAACCUAACUGUUACCGAUAAGGAUCAACCUCAUACUCCUGCUUGGAAUGCAGUGUACAGAAUUACAAAUGGUGAUGCUACAGGCCGAUUUACCAUUAUGACUGAUCCAGUCAGUAAUGAUGGACUACUGACAACAGUUCAGCCCAUUGACUAUGAAACCAGCAGGGUAUAUGUGCUCACUGUGGUAGCUGAAAACCAGGAACCGCUUCUAAAGGGCAUCCAGCUGCCCCCACAAUCAACUGCAACAGUCUCUGUCAGUGUCAUUGAUGUGAAUGAAAGUCCAUAUUUUGUACCUGAACGGAUGCUAGUGCGACAAGAAGAAGGUCUGCCUCCUGGCUCUGCAUUGACUACUUUGACUGCAAAAGACCCUGAUCGUUUUAUGAAACAAACAAUAAGGUACUCAAAGCUGUAUGAUCCUGCUGAUUGGCUGAAGAUUGACUCUAUUAAUGGUCUCAUCACAACCACAGCUGUUCUAGAUCGAGAGUCUCAGUUUGUGAAACAUAAUAUGUACAAUGUUACCUUCCUGGCAUCUGACAAUGGUGCUCCUCCAGGAAGUGGAACUGGAACUUUACAAAUAUAUCUCCUUGAUGUUAAUGAUAACGCUCCACACGUGUCCCCUCAAGAGGCAGAGAUCUGUGAAAAACCUGAUGUUGGUGCUGUCAACAUCACAGCAAUAGACUACGACAUUGAUGGCAAUGCUGGGCCUUUUAUUUUUGAACUUCCGACUUCACCUUCCGAUAUACGAGCUAAUUGGACCAUUACUCGCAUUAAUGGAGAUUACGCUCAGCUAAGACUUACUGUUGGUCACCUAGACACAGGUAUCUAUGAUAUUCCAAUUAAAAUAUUCGAUUCUGGUAAUCCUCCAAUAUAUAAUACUUCUGUCUUGCGAGUCAAAGUAUGCCAAUGUGAUCAGAAUGGAGACUGUACAGACGUUGAGAGGAUUGUGGCUGCAGGACUAGGAACAGGAGCCAUCAUAGCAAUUCUUCUCUGCAUUAUUAUUUUGUUGUGUCUGGUGCUGCUGUUUGUAAUUUGGAUGAAACAUCGUGACAAAGAACGCCAGGCCAAACAGUUGCUUAUUGACCCAGAAGAUGAUGUACGGGAUAACAUUCUGAAGUAUGAUGAGGAAGGAGGUGGAGAGGAAGAUCAGGAUUAUGACCUAAGCCAGCUGCAGCAACCUGAUACUGUAGAAUCAGACACCAUAAAACCUGUUGGAAUUCGUCGCCUUGAUGAGAGACCUAUUCAUGCAGAAGCUCAGUAUCCAGUAAGAUCAGCACUUCCUCAUCCUGGUGAUAUAGGUGACUUCAUUAAUGAGGGACUUAAAGCAGCUGACAAUGAUCCCACAGCUCCACCGUAUGACUCCUUGUUGGUAUUUGACUAUGAAGGCAGUGGUUCUACUGCUGGAUCUCUGAGUUCCCUGAAUUCUUCAAGUAGUGGUGACCAAGACUAUGAUUACCUGAAUGACUGGGGACCACGAUUUAGGAAGCUUGCAGAUAUGUACGGUGGAGAAGAUGACUGAACUUUGUAGCAGAAUUUUGCAUUGUUGCAAAGACAAACUCUUAACCGAUAUUCCCAGCAGCAAAAAGAGGCUAGGCUUUAACCUUGUAGUCUACUAGCACAAGUGCUUGUUGGAAGGCUUUGGCAUAGGCUGCAAAACAAUUUGGGCUCAGUGGGAAUAUCGGUAGUCUGAUACUGUUUAAGAAAAAAAAAUUAAUGAGCUCAGUUACACUUGAAUUUCACAGUACAGAAGCACUGGGAUUUUAUGUGCCUUUUUGUACCUUUUUCAGAUCUGAAAAAUAGUUUUGUCUUCAAGGCUUUAAUGGUACUGAUUUCAGAAGUAAUCAGUUGAGAGUGGAAACAAGGGGUGGGCUGGAAAAUCUGAAAAACAACGUGGUACGCUUCACCAUGCUUUCUGUUAUACUGCAUUGCUUUUCAUUAAAACUAUUUAAAGAAACAAAUUGACAAGAGACCAUAUUUGUUCAGUGGGGAGGGACACAAGACAUUGAAAAUAUUUGUACAGUGCAUUAUGUCUUUAGGUUUUUUUUUUCACUAAAAAUUCAGAUUCUUAUGCAGCUGGUUGCAAAUGAAAGGAAGUGUCAUAUAUUUCACUUGUUUGUAGAAGGGCACAUUUUUUUCUUGAUUGUAGAAUAUUUUGAAAAAUAAUUAGUCCUAAUCCAUGAUACACCCUGUUCUUUGCCUUAGCUUAUGUUACUUUUAAUUUUUUUUACUUCACUGUAAAAAUAAUGUGUGUACAUAAUGUUUUAUUUACGUAGUCUAUGAAAAAUUGCAGAAAGUUCAGAACAUGUAUAUGUGUAAUUUGGACUACGGAUUCCAGUUUUUGCAUGUUUCUAUCUUUUCAUUGUGAGGAGCAUUUACAAAAACUAAGUUGGAAAAUCAGUGACAUUCACAGUUAUUGAAUUAUAGUUAGGGUAUACAGCAAUUCAUUUUUUUUUACAAUUCCUCUUAGCACAACAAGUGUUUUACAUAAUUUGUACCAAAAAAGGAAGGGGUGGCCUGAUACAGUUGGCACUAAUAAUUAAAAAAAAAAAGCUUUUAAACUGAAAGACUUACAACAGCAGCUUUGCCUCUGUGUUGUGUACCAGAAUAUGAAUGAUGCACCUCAGACCCCAACUUUCUCAAUAAAAUGCUAAUUUUGGA